AUGGGGGCGACGGUGUUCGUGCAGCCGCUGGACCUCGUGAAGAACCGCAUGCAGCUGAGCGGCGAGGGCGCCAAGACCAAGGAGUACAAGACCAGCUUCCACGCCGUGGGCAGCAUCCUCAGGAAGGAGGGCGUCCGCGGCAUCUACACCGGGCUGUCCGCCGGCCUCCUGCGCCAGGCCACCUACACCACCACCCGCCUGGGCAUCUACACCAUCCUCUUCGAGAAGCUCACCCGGGCGGACGGGACGCCCCCCAACUUCAUCAUGAAGGCGCUGAUCGGCAUGACGGCCGGGGCCAUCGGGGCCUUCGUGGGCACCCCCGCGGAGGUGGCGCUCAUCCGGAUGACGGCUGACGGCAGGCUGCCCCCUGACCAGAGGCGAGGUUACAGCAACGUGUUCAAUGCGCUCCUGAGGAUCACCCGCGAGGAGGGGGUGCCCACGCUUUGGAGGGGCUGUGUCCCCACCAUGGCCCGGGCGGUGGUGGUCAACGCGGCCCAGCUGGCCUCCUACUCCCAGUCCAAGCAGUUCCUCCUGGACUCCGGCUACUUCCGGGACAACAUCUUUUGCCACUUCUGUGCCAGCAUGAUCAGCGGGCUGGUGACGACGGCGGCCUCCAUGCCCGUGGACAUCGCCAAGACCAGGAUCCAGAACAUGCGCAUGAUUGACGGGAAGCCCGAGUACCGGAACGGGUUGGACGUGCUGGCCAAGGUGGUCCGCUACGAGGGGUUCUUCAGCCUGUGGAAGGGCUUCACCCCCUACUACGCCCGGCUCGGGCCCCACACUGUGCUCACAUUCAUCUUCCUGGAGCAGAUGAACAAGUUCUACCAGAAGUUCUUUCUCAGUGCCUGACGGGGGGCCAGGGCCCCGGCCCCGGCCCCCCCCUCCAGCGGCCCGUCUCGUCCCGCAGCCAGGGAAGGCCUCCCUGCCCGCCUCCCUCGGGGUCUGAGGCACGCGCCCCGGCGGCCCCCCACCUCUCGCAUCGAGGCCAUCAUGAGGACGGAUCGGGCCCUUCUGGCGCAACGGGGACUGAGGGGGAGGCACUAUUUAUUGCAGGGGUGGGCGGCUGGCCGGGCCCUGCUGCGGACGCCCCUCCCCAAGCGAGCUGCCCCCCCGUAGCGCCCGUAGCGCCGUCCCCGCUUCGCUUUCCACCAGUAAAGCUGAUCAUGGUCUUAA